CACUUCCUUUUUUUUUUUACACAGUAUCAUUAGCUAGCUAGCUGUGCGAUAAUCUCUUAUUGAAUUACUGCUGUUUUAUCAUUCCUGUAGUUGUAGCCGUUAUUUAAAUAUGAAUACGGUUCUGUCGAGAGCCAACUCUUUGUUCGCCUUCUCUCUGAGCGUCAUGGCGGCCUUAACUUUCGGCUGUUUCAUCACGACAGCGUUCAAAGACAGAAGAGUUCCUGUGGACAUCCACGUCUCCAAAGUCAUGCUGAAGAACGUUGAUGACUUCACAGGACCCAGAGAGCGCAGUGAUCUGGGUUUCAUCACCUUUGACCUCUCAGCUGAUUUGCAGCCGAUUUUUGACUGGAAUGUUAAACAGUUGUUUCUCUAUCUAUCAGCUGAAUACUCCACAAAGAGCAAUUCUCUGAACCAGGUGGUGCUGUGGGAUAAGAUCGUCCUUCGAGGUGAAAACACCAAACUGAACCUCAGAGACAUGAAGUCCAAAUACUUCUUCUUUGAUGAUGGGAACGGACUCAGAGCCAAUAAGAACAUCACUCUGACGCUGUCGUGGAAUGUUGUUCCCAAUGCUGGAAUCCUGCCGCUGGUGGUUGGAAGUGGACACAUCAGCCUCCCUUUCCCAGACACAUACGAGACCACCAGGAGCUAUUAGACAGACGGGAACACACACAUCCUGUACACUGGUGUUUCUUCAUGGAUGUAAAGUCAUUUUGGUUUAUAAUAAAAGUUGAGAUUGGAA